GCGCCAGAGGCUUUGUUGACGAUUUGAUUUUUGGUGUUACACCUGCAGUGGGCACAUUUGACAACCAUCUAAACCAAUCAACAAGUAAAAAUACCAAACAUUUUAAUGGAUAUUGCAUACUUUUCUUUGUUUGACAAAAGCCUGCUGCGUGAUUUUUGCCUUGUCUAUCUCUGGUACGUUAAGUUAACUAUUGGGCGCUUGUCAUUAUUUUGAGAAGUUACCGUUAAGUAAAACGAUUAAUUAUUUUAGCUCGAUUUAUGACCAUUAGUUAUGUUAUGUUUUAUCUUGGAGAAUUUGGCACACAACUACUUACCACAAGCAGACAUAGCUCAGAGCGCCGAUGAGCCGAGCUGUAAAGGGAUUCAUGUUAACGUAGUUAAAAUUAGGUUUUCAAGCGUAAAGACAACAUCUUUAUUCUGAAGAAAUACCGGAAGUCUUGUUCCUGGUUAUCCUGUUCAUUUUACAUUGGAGGCAGUAACGUUAGUAAACAUGGACGAGUUCCAUACAGAAGAUGAGACUGGAUUCGUCGUUGAAGAAGUGAGCAAAAUAAUUAAAGAGUCAGUAGAAGCAGCAAUAGGAGGAAAUGCCUACCAGCACAGCAGAGUGAACCAGUGGACCGCCAGCGUAGUGGAGCAGUGCCUCAGUCAACUCAGCAAGCUAGGGAAGUCUUUCAAAUAUAUUGUAACCUGUAUCAUCAUGCAGAAAAAUGGAGCAGGUCUGCAAACAGCCAGCGCAUGCUUCUGGGAAAACUCUACUGAUGGAAGUUGUGCAGUGAGAUGGGAGAACAAGUCCAUGUACUGUAUUGUCAAUGUUUUUGGGCUGGGCAUCUGAAUCAACUACUUGUACCUGAAGUGUUUGAAAUGUAUACUAUUAUUAUUACAUAUUUGAGAACCAGUAUGUUAUGAUAGCUAUAUAUUAAAUAAACUGUUGUUUUUUUU